UAGAGUAGCCCCAGGUGAGUACUGAGCAGAAGGCAUCACAUAACCAGACCAACCAUGACCUACACUACACUGGCCGCUUGUCUCUUCUGCCUCCUGGCUCUUACUUCAGCUUGUUACAUCCAGAACUGCCCCAUUGGAGGAAAGAGAUCGGUGAUGGACAUCAUGGACAUUAGGAAGUGUAUCCCUUGUGGGCCGAGAAAUAAAGGACAUUGUUUUGGGCCAAACAUCUGCUGCGGGGAGGAACUGGGCUGCUACGUUGGCACCUCGGAGACUUUAAGAUGCCAAGAGGAGAACUACCUUCCCUCUCCGUGUGAGUCGGGGAGAAAACCAUGUGGGAACAAUGGAGGAAACUGUGCCGCCUCUGGAAUCUGCUGCAACCAUGAGAGCUGUACAAUGGACCCAGCGUGUGAACAGGACUCUGUGUUUUCCUAAAUGAUGUUCCUCAAAAGCAACCGGUUCCACAUCUACAUUGUAUGAAAAGACAAAACCCCAGGUCUCGGUCCAGGUGCAACUGUCACAUAUCCAUUUCCUAUUUAUAAAUGUACUGUCUGCAGAAUAAAUAACAAUAUAACACUG